AUGGAGAGUCUUUUCAACCAUCCUCUGGGCUUAGUGUCCUACUUUCCUCGAGUAAUCCAGUUCAUCAGCUCCGUGAUCGUCCUUGGAAUCACUGCUUGGGCUGUGCAGGAGACGAAAAAUCUUACGGUCAUUUAUAGUUUGGUUAUUUCUGUCCUUAGCCUCGUUGUCGCCUCUGCGGCGCUUCUUUUCAGCUGUAUGAUCAAGCGCCAGAGAUGGCACAUCUGGCCGAUACUGAUCACUGACGGAGUGAUGUCCUACUUAUGGCUCGUUGCCUUUGUGUUUUUGGCGCAGAACUUCAACGCUGUGAGCUGCCGUGUCAUUCUGUGGAAUGGGUUGACGGCUUGCAGCCGAAAAUAUGCCGCAGAGGCAUUUAGCUUCAUCGCAUUUUUCUGUGCUCUGGUGGCACUCGGUCUCGAUAUAGGAUACAUCUACUGGGCAAAGCCAAAGAUCUCAGCCCCGAUGCAGGAACGGGGGCGCGAGGAUCAGUUGGGCCAGAACCUGGCGAAUGCCGGGGUGAUGUAG